ACAGGCAAAGAAAAAAACACUACACAGAAUAUCGAGUGAAAAGCGUAGCAGAAUUUUGACGUAAUCCUUUGCAAUGGCGAUUCCCUUCUACGAAGAUGAGCCCGUUGCGGCAGCUGCCCAAAUCACCGCCGCUGAUCAAGUGGAUGGUGUUAUUUAUGCAAGCGAUGCUGCUGCUGGAUACGAUCAAGUGGACUACGAGGCACCUCCGUCGGCGGCAGGAGCAGCAGCAACAAGUGGCAGUGAAACGGAAACGCCACCACCACCUAGCACCGAGGAGCAGUUGCUGGUGUGGAAAAUGCUCGCGUUGGCCAUGUGUAAAGUGCUCAAACAGUUCUACAUGCAACAGAAGCAGCAGCAACAACAACAGACUGGCAAAUCCACCAAACUGACUGCCACAGUGCAGAUUCAGCCGCAAGCGCAGUAAAAAUAAACAAAAAAAAAAAAGAAAACAAACAACAACUACAAAUUCAUGCCCCAAAAUGAGGCUGAUGAUGGCUCCUAAGCGCAACAUGUGAUUACUUUUCGUUGGUGAGAACUAGCGCUCCCGUAAAACAGUUAAGGAUGAAUGCAAACAGAGAGAGAAACAGAGGAACAAAAAUUGUGUAACACAUUGGUGUUUAAUAGUUUG